AUGAAGGGCCUCCUCAGCCUCUCGGUGUUGCCUGUGCUGGCAUACGCCUCCCCCAUGAUCGUUGACUCCAUCCAUCAGAAUGCUGCUCCCAUCCUCUCCUCUACGAAUGCCAAAGAUAUCCCGGACUCAUACAUCGUCGUGUUCAAGAAGGGUGUCACUUCCACCUCGGCUCUAGCUCACCAGAGCUGGGUCCAGGACAUUCACACCUCCGUCGAGUCCAAGCGUUUGAAGAAACGCAACCAGUUCACAUUCAAGAACGAGGCCUUCGAUGGCUUGAAGCACACAUUCGACUUUGCUGGUGGCUUCCUCGGCUACUCUGGCCAUUUCGAUGAAGAAGUCAUCGAGCAAGUCCGCAGGCAUCCUGACGUCGAAUACAUUGAGCGUGAUUCCGAAGUCCACACCCUCGAGGCUGCCACUGAGAACGGUGCUCCCUGGGGUCUAGCUCGUAUCUCUCACCGUGACAAGCUCAACUUCGGCACAUUCAACAAGUACAUCUACGCUUCCCAGGGUGGUGAGGGUGUCGAUGCCUAUGUUAUUGAUACCGGCACCAACAUCGACCACGUCGACUUUGAAGGCCGUGCUAGCUGGGGAAAGACUAUUCCCCAGGGUGACGAUGACGUUGACGGCAACGGCCACGGAACUCACUGCUCCGGUACUAUUGCUGGCAAGAAGUAUGGUGUUGCCAAGAAGGCCAAUGUCUACGCUGUCAAGGUCUUGAGAACCAGUGGCUCUGGUACCAUGUCUGAUGUCGUUAAGGGUGUCCAAUGGGCCGCCGAAAGUCAUUUGAAGUCGGUUGGCGAGGCCAAGAAGGGCAACCGAAAGGGCUUCAAGGGAAGUGUUGCUAACAUGAGCUUGGGAGGCGGCAAGUCCGUCACUUUAGACCGCGUUGUUGACCAGGCUGUUGCUGUUGGCAUGCACUUUGCCGUUGCUGCCGGUAAUGAUAACGCUGAUGCUUGCAACUACUCUCCUGCUGGCUCUCAGAACUCCAUCACCGUCGGUGCCUCGACUCUUGCUGAUGAGCGUGCUUACUUCUCCAAUUACGGCAAAUGUACCGACAUCUUCGCUCCUGGCUUGAACAUCCAGUCCACCUGGAUUGGAAGCAAGCACGCCGUCAACACCAUCUCCGGAACUUCCAUGGCCUCUCCCCAUAUCUGCGGUCUCUUGGCCUACUUCCUCUCCCUCCAGCCGGCGCCCGAUUCCGCUUUUGCCGUUGCUGAGAUCACUCCAGCUGAAAUGAAGGCUAACAUGAUUUCUAUCGCUUCCAAGAACCUCCUCACUGAUAUCCCAUCUGACACCCCCAACCUCCUCGCCUGGAACGGUGGUGGCUCUGACAGCUACAAGGAAAUCAUUGGAGGUGCUAAGGAGAAUGACACUACGGAUUUCUCCUCCACCCUCACCGAGAAGCUCGAGAAGUUGGCUGAAGAGGGCCUCACUGCCAUCUACAAUGAACUCAAGGACGCCGUCGUCGCAUAA